AAGUUAUAAACGGUUUCAGCGGGACAGUUUGUAGGGUCGCUGUUGUCUUCUUGGGUAUUCAUUAAAGUGGGAAGCUCCUCGUUUGAGCAAAUUUGUCUUUUACGCAAGUAUACAAUUGAUGUAGCUUUUUAAAAGAACGAGCCGUCAGAAAAGUGAACAUCAAAGGUCGUCACCAUGAACCCUGUCCUAUCAGUGCUAUCCCUCACGCAGAUGUUAGGUGGCAAAGCACAAGACAUCAUCGAUGAAAUCGAUAAUGUCCACAUGGUUUGGCUUGAGGAGAUACAACAAGAAGCCAAUCGCAUGUUCUCAAGAGAUUUUAAUGCUGAACCAGAGUUGAUGCCAAAAACGCCGUCACAGAAGAAAAACAGUCGCAGGAAGCGUGUGUCUUUGGGUCGCCAAGAAGAAAAUCAAGGAAAGCAAAGAUACUCAAAGGGAAGGCGCAGUAACCUUCGUGGCUCUUCUGUUAAAUCACUGCAAUUCACUGCUAAAGAGGAUCCCAUUUCUGAGGUCUCCACCUCUGACACCAGCAGCACUGGACAGUCCAAACGCACCACUCGCAGAAACAAACAGACAAAGCCUGAGGUGGUAGAUGAUGAGAGCCAGUCACCUCAUGACAGCGAUAAAGCUGAAGAAGUGCAAAACAAAACGCAGAUGCUGGAGGAGGAGGAGGAGGAGGAGGAGGAGGUGGUGGUUGAAAAUAAGGAGGUGAAUGAUGCUAAAGUCAAACCAAAUGACACAGUUGGCAACGCCACACCUCCUGAGUCUCUUAAGAUUCCCUUACCUGAAGCCGUUGUCAGCAUCUCUCAUGCAGACCGCUUGUCUGCUGAGCUUGCAAAAGAGCCUGAGCCCUCUCCUCGUACAGCUGCUAAGAUUGCAAUAGCUGAAUCUGCUCAAACCUCAAGGCGAAGCUCUGUGCAGUGCUCCCUGAAGCUACGUCACUCUCUGGCUGGCCUGCGGCACAGUAUGACUCAGGAAUCUGUCCGCCGUGCCUCGCGCCGCUCCAUGCUUAAGAGGAAAGCUACUCGUGCGGGUAACUCCACAUGUAGCACCAAAGUUAGUGAUGACUCUUGCGUGGAGGAGGAGGAAAUGGAGAGGGAAAACCAGGAAGUAGCAACAACAUGUCUCAUGCGCAUCACUCGUUCCGUGGCUGCAAACUCACCCAAACUGGCGCCCCCAUCAUUGUUUAUCAGUGAGAUGACUCCUAACCGAGCAAUUGUCACUGAGAAGCUGAAUUUGCUGCCAGUUCGGAGGUCAAGUCGCAGCACUAAGCGUAAAGCACCUGAUACUAUAGAUGAAAGUCCGACAAAGAGGUGCUCUCCUCCCAAGAAAAGUCAAAGUGCAAUCAAACCCCACAUGAAGUCUUUUCUGCACACCGUCCAAAAGAAUCAGAUGCUGAUGAUGACUCCGAAUUCAGUCGGCCGGACCGCAGUGAUCAAGUCCUUCAUCAAACACAACACUCCUCUGAGGAUUGAUCCUAAGUUCAACACUAGCAUAGUGACAAAAGAGCGUAACAAACUUGAAGCACUUAAAAAGAAGCAGGAGCAAGAGGAGGAAAGGAUGAGGAAAAUGGAAGAGGAUAAGAAGAGGAAACAGGAGGAACUUAAAAGGAAGAGGGAUGAGAGGUUAAGAAGAGUCGUUGAGGCCAAAGUAAAAGAGGAGCAGAGGGAGGAAGAGAAGAAGAAGAAGAUUGAGCAAAAAAUGGCUCAGCUUGAUGAGAAAAAUGAUAAGCGCGUGGCGGAGGAGAAGGCCAAGAAGAAAGCGGCCCUGAAGCGUCAAGAGGAGCUAGAACAGAAGAGGAAAAUGGAAGAGGAGGCCAGAAAGAAGAAGAUUCAGCAGGAGGAAGAAAAGCGACAGCAAGAGUUGCUGGCCAAGAAGAAAGCUGAGGAAGAGGCUCGUAAAGCUCUCGAGCUGAAGAGGGAGCAAGAACGCGAGAGGGAAAGGGAGCUGGAGAGGGAACGGCAAGCUGCUGCGGAAAGACAGCGAGUGGAGAAAGAAAAAGCUCUUGCUCUGCAGCGUGAAGUUGAGAGAGCAGCGAGAGAGAAAGAGAUGAGGGAACUCGAGGAGAAAAGGAAGGCACUCGAGGAAAAAAGAAAACUGGAGGAGCAGCAAAGGCUGGCAGCAAAAGAGAAAGCUGCUAAAGAGCUGGAAGCUGCUAAGCAGAGGGACGCUGCUGCUCAAGAGGCUGCUAAAACACAGACUGCUGCUAACCUAAAUGUGACUGUGGAUAUUGAGCGCUCAGUAAUGAGCACACCUGUAGGAAAAGGUGGUGAUCUCAACGUGACUGUUGAUAUUGAGCACUCCUCGCCACAGUCAUAUGCCAUCACGCCAAAGGGUGGAGAUAAACCUUUGAUUUUGUCCAAAAAUUCAGAAGACUAUGGGAUGGACCAAAACAGUGAUGACUCUACUGAUGACGAGUCUGCACCAAGGAAGCCUAUUCCAUCCUGGGCAGAAGGUCCCAAUCUGCAGCAGAUAAUAAUGAAGCAAUACUUCAACCCUCCUGAUUUGGACUCUUUCUUUGGAGCAAUCGAGUCACCACGACUAGAAAACAUCUUUUACAAGAGCAAGCCCAGAUAUUUUAAACGUACCAGCUCUGCAGUGUGGCACUCGCCUCCAGCUGGAAAGUAACAUCUGUACACUCAUACAGAUGUAUUAAACUGCUGUAUAGUUAAAAUUCUGAAAAUCUGUUUCAAAUAAAGUCAUUUGUUUUGUUUUUCUGAAUAUUCUUUUUAAAUGUAUGUUUGUGUUUCACAUCUUUGUCUCAGUAGGUUUUUGUAUCUGUGGUUUGUUUAGCUUUUAGAGAUGUAAUUGUUUUGUUUUGGCUUGUAAAUUAAAAGCAGGUUAACUGAAUAACAACGGUGAUGGUUGAUUUUGCUGGACAGUAAAGAAGAAUCUCUUUUAUAAUA